GGAUGUGUGCGGGUCGCGGGGUGAUCGGAGGAGCCCUGAACUGCCUGCCAGUCUUGGGCCUCUUGGGAAAUGGGAAUGGGGGCGCUUGGGGUGGCCUUUGGCGCUCCUGGAGCCCAAAAAGCGUUCUUUCUCUGCCCCUCUGUCCUUACCCGUUCAACGCUUGCUGAAGUUUGUCUGUUUUUAUCAUGAUCACAGCACUUUCCUUGUAACCAGGAAUAGCCUAGGGCAUACCCAGUGUGUUUUGCAUUUCCUGAGAAAGAAGGCUGUGUUUAUUUUGAAGAGCCAGGGUUCUACGCAAACAAUCAGCAGGUCUGGGAGUGUGGCGAAUAACUGGAUUGAAAUUUACAAUUUUGUCCAGCAACUUACGGAGAGAUUUGUGAGCCCUCAAAUGAGAUUAUCUUUCAUUGUGUUUUCUUCUCAAGCAACCAUUAUUUUGCCAUUAACUGGAGACAGAGCCAAAAUCAGUAAAGGCUUGGAGGAUUUAAAACGUGUUACUCCAGUAGGAGAGACAUACAUCCAUGAAGGACUAAAGCAAGCAAAUGAACAAAUUCAGAAAGCAGGCUUAAAAACCUCCAGUAUUAUAAUUGCUCUGACAGAUGGUAAGUUGGACGGUCUGGUGCCAUCAUAUGCAGAGAAAGAGGCUAAGAUAUCCAGGUCACUUGGGGCUAGAGUUUAUUGUGUUGGUGUCCUUGACUUUGAACAAACUCAGCUUGAAAAAAUUGCUGAUUCCAAGGAACAAGUAUUCCCUGUCACAGGUGGAUUUCAGGCUCUUAAAGGAAUAAUUAAUUCUAUACUAGCUCGUUCAUGCACUGAAAUCCUGGAAUUGUCACCCUCAAGUGUCUGUGUGGGGGACAAAUUUCAAAUUGUGUUGACGGGAAAUGGAUUCAUCUUGGGAAAUCGGAAUGCCAAUGUUCUCUGUACUUACACUGUAAACGAAACAUAUGUAAAGAGUGUAAACCCAGUAAGUGUGGAGAUUAAUUCUAUGCUUUGUCCUGCACCUACCCUGAAUAAAGCUGGAGAAACUCUUGAUGUUUCAGUGAGCUUUAAUGGAGGAAAAUCUGUCAUCUCAAGCUCAUUAAUAGUCACAGCCACAGAAUGUUCUAAUGGAAUUGCAGCCAUCAUUGCUAUUCUGGUGUUACUGCUACUCUUGGGCAUCGGUUUGAUGUGGUGGUUUUGGCCUCUUUGCUGCAAAGUGGUUAUCAAGGAUCCUCCUCCACCACCACCUCCUGCACCGAAAGAGGAGGAAGAAGAACCUCUUCCUACCAAAAAAUGGCCAACUGUGGAUGCUUCGUAUUAUGGUGGUCGAGGGGUUGGAGGCAUUAAAAGAAUGGAGGUUCGUUGGGGUGAUAAAGGAUCUACUGAGGAAGGGGCCAGGCUGGAGAAAGCCAAAAAUGCUGUGGUGACGAUUCCUGAAGAAGCAGAGGAACCAGUCAGACCUAGACCACCUCGACCCAAACCUACAUACCAGCCUUCUCAGACAAAAUGGUACACACCAAUCAAGGGUCGUCUCGAUGCGCUCUGGGCUUUGUUGCGACGGCAGUACCACCGGGUGUCCUUGAUGCGACCUCAGGAGGGGGACGAGGGCCGGUGCAUUAAUUUCUCCCGAGUUCAAUCUCAGUAAAAGGAAAGCAGGAAGACCAAGAAGGUAUGAAGAUGGUUCAUAUUCACACUGCUGAUUUUCAACCAAAUGAAAAAAAUUAGUGCAUUUCAGAAGUUUUUGGAAAAGCAGCUUUAUUCCUCACAGUCAGGAAAUAUUUUCUCUACCUUCUGCUUUGCCUGAACCCAACACUUUCAAACACUUGUUCUGCCCUCUACAUAGUGAAACCCAGUGGUAACCCAUGAUACCUGACAUUGAAAAUAGAGAAGAACAUUAAUCUGCAUUCUGUGGUUUAUUAUACAAGAAAGUUUGUUUGAAUGUCUAGAAGAGGAGAAAGCAAAAACAAUAGAAAAUGGAGAAGAACAUUAAUCUGCAUUCUGUGGUUUAUUAUACAAGAAAGUUUGUUUGAAUGUAUGGAAGAGAAGAAAGCAAAAACAACAGCACGAAGAUGAUAUCAAAACAGGGACCAUGAAACAACUUGCCAUCUUUAGUGGAAAGAAGAGUGUUUUACAUGGAAACAUGGCACUUGUGUUUUUGCAUGGCAAGAAUGUUAGCCACAGGCAGGGUAUGAAAUUUCCCACCAGGCUAAGCAAAUACAGAAGUCCAUUGCCUUUUAGCUGUGUCAGAUCACAAAAUCCUUCCAAGUCCCCGGUCACAAUGUGCCUUACGAGAAGCUUUGACUGGAAAAUCUUGUCAUUCUAACACUGUAAAGUGCACACGCAUGAUGAAAUGUAGACAGGAUGCCUCAAGGUAUUGGUGGCAAGCAAGAGUUUACCCUUUAGUUUCUGAAGACACCUUUAUUUCAUUUUACACACGGGAAAAGAAGAAAAUUAAUAGAGUGUUAUUCCACAAGCAGAUAGCCUCUAACCAGAGAUCUUGAGUGAAGUUUAAGGUACUCAUGAUUUGAGAACUUGUCCUUGUAAGUGGUAGAUUUACCCCUCUUUCUAUGUUUAAGGUUUAGUAGUGCAUAAAACAUUGAAAUUUGUAAACACACCUAGGAGUUUGUUUUGCUUUUUAUUUAAAGGAAGCAGUAACCACAAAGCUUCCGCUCAGGGUUUUUUCUUCCUCCAAGUCUCCAAGGGCUCUUCAGCGUCACAAGCCAGCAACUCUCUUUGCAUGAAAAUUUCAAAGUUUAAUUAAUAUAAUUAAAGGCAACAGCAAGCAGCAGCCUGUGAAGAUUUUGCUCAUCUUUUUUAUGCCUUUUGACAUUGAAUGACCUAUUACUGUAUGCGCAUUACUUGGAUUUUGAGGGGCACUCUACCUUGGUUAUGUUUCAGUCGAGAAAAAAAAGACCUCUCACCAAUUUACAAAUCAAGUUUUCAGGAGGGUCAGCCAGCACAAAACAUCGAAAAUGUACCUAUUACAAUUUUUUAGAAAAACCACCAUCGUGUCAUGUCGACGAUGCCAAAUUAUUUUAGUGUGAGCGGAAACACUGUGGGGGAGGAGGAAGGCAGCAGCUGAAGGAAAAAGCUCAAAUGAUCUAGUCACUUUCGAUACUGUACUUCAGAUGCGAAAUGGAUAUUCGACUCGAAACCUGACAAAGUGCGCCUGCUUUGAUGUGAACUGGUAUAGACAAUGACCAGUGGCUGGGUCAGUGGGAUGUCUCUCUGCGAGCACACAGGCUUAUCAAAUGACACUAAAAAUAAGUUCAACAACCAUCACAUUGGAAGGGAGGAAGUGAACAUUUCAUGUUUGGCGGGCAUAUCAGUGCACAAGAUGGAAGGAGCUAUUCAGAGUAUCCCAAUGUAAUUACCCGCAUUGUGCUCUUAAUGGAAAUUUCAAAGGAUGGGGAGUGAUUCUGUUGGUUGGUGUCCAGAUUGUGGCACUGCUCCAAGAAGCCUUACUCACACAAAUAUGUGUUUAUAUAUAUACAUGUAUAUUCUCUAGCUUGAAUCUUUUGCUUGAGUUUAUUUAUGUCACUGGCUGGCUGGAUCCAAAGUCAUGUGUCUACAUACUCACAAAUAAAAUUUUACUUGUGCCUCUGCUACCAUUUUCUUCAAGCCCACAUAAACUCAAGCUUUGUUUGGUUAAAUAUAUAAUUGUCCUAGUUAGUUUCAGAGAUAAAACUAUAUUCAAUUCCAGAAUAUCCCUUAUGUUCACAAAUGAUACAGUUGGCAGUAAUUAUCCAUGUGUUCAAGUGUGAUUUGGAAGCCUGUUGUACACCCAGGGAAUUCUUGUAGACCUUUGUUAUACAUUUGCAUCUGGGACAGGGCCUAUUGCUAUUUUCUUAAAUUGGCACUUAAUUUCUGAUCAUUGUACACCCACAGGUAGUAUUUAAGAGCAUUCAAGGUACUGUAGAAGCUAAGGCUGUUUCUUUGAUAGUUACUUUGAAUUUGUCCAAUAUCAUAUGGUACUUGUAUUUUGCUACAUGCAUAGUGUGAAAAGACCUCUGCUCUUAAAUGGAAAAAUAGCUUUCUGUAGAUUGUAAUGCAAAUGAUUUCCAGUUCUAAUCCAACUAUGGAGAGUUCUCAGUGAAGAGGGAGAGGCAGUAGUCUAUAUUUAGAUUAAAAAGGUGAUAUUCAUAAAGUUUGUUCAAGGACAGAUAGAGUUUCAUUGCACUUAAACAUAUGAACCAGAUCUAUAUUAUGGUUUUCUUCAGUUAUGGUAAUUAGCAAAUGAGAAGAAUUUUCUUUAAAGAGUACUGUUUUCUCACCGAAGGACUAAAUUGAAAACCUCUACACCUUUUAACCAGGAGAACAAACAUUUAGAAUAAAGCCAUUUACACAAGUUUAAUGACGUUUUAUAUUCUAUAGAGAGAAAGUUCCUGUUUAACUUUCUGGAGGACAUAACAUCAAUCAAGAUCUACCUUCUGUGUUUAAACGAGUAAAUCCUUAUCCAUAAUCCGUUUGUGUUGCAUAAGAUUGCAACAACAAUUAAGUGGGAAAUGACUCCUAACUUAUGUGUCUGCUCUGCCUGGAAAGAAAGUUUUGAAGGCAUCUAUAUAUAUUUCAUAACAAUGUCUGUUCUUUAUGGAUUUGAUCCAUAAAUAUUUAUCUAUCUGAAAACUUUGAUACUUGGAAUGUUUUCCUGAAAGCAUUUGGUGCUCCAAGAAAAAACAUUUGGUGCUGAGAGUUGCAGCAUUGAUGCCUUUCCCCAAGUUAAUUCUAUUUUAAAAAUUUGUAUUUCCUUCCCAAUGAGAUGCAGAGUAAAAUUUGAGACCCUCCAUUAAGUAGAGAGCAGCAUCUGUCAUCCAUGGGUAAUUAUUAUUUUGACAAAAAUAUGUAAGGUUUAAACCUCCUAUAUUUCAAAUUGUUGGAGAAAUGAUUUGCUCAUAUUUCCCCUGAACUUUAUUCUAACCAUUUUAAAUCAUAAAUUAUUCAACAUUUAUUUUUCAAAUAAAUCCUAUUGAAUAUAUAAUUAGAUAUCUCUGUGAACUUAAUAACUUUAUUAUCUAAAUAUAACCAUUGUUUAUUGCUCAGAGGCAAUUUUUAAAAAAUUGAAACCUAACCUAUACUACAGCCAACGAGGUUUCUAAAAUGUUUUUUAAUUGAUUAGCUUGGCAAAGUAUAAUUAAGCCACAUUUACCAGUGUUGUGAAGCAUUAUAACUUCCUUCUCUAACACAAAGCUUCGUGAUUAACUGUUACUAGACUUUGUACAGCAUCACUUUACUGUGGGAAGUUUAUUAGUAUUUUAUUACUACUGGAAAAUUUUGGUGGAUGUAUGUGCACAGGAGAGAAAUAUGCACAUUCUUUAUUUUAAUAUGAAAGGGAAUACAUAAUCUAAAGUCAUAGAAUAACUGGUACAUUUGUUGUAUGUUUAAGGAAGGACACAUGUGAGGACAGAGAAUGGUGUCUACUUGUAGGCAAUGAAGUAUGUGCAGCCAUGUAGUCUAGUCUUGGAGUUGGGUUAGUGUUUUGCUUAGUGAAUUUCUAUGACAUAUUUCUGAGAACACUUUAAUUUUGGUAAAUUUGUAUACUUACUAGAAGCUGAUUCAGUCAAUCUGACAAAAGGACACAAUUUUUGAAAACUCAUAAUGCAGCAAACACUUGCUGUUUUUUUAUGUACUUUGUUUUUGUGCUCUUCUGCCAAAGAAAAUUAUGGUAAGAAAGUACACAGCAUAACAUGCAAAUUUAUGUUGAAAUGUGCUUGUUCAGAUUGCUUGUUCAGAACUAUAUUAAGGUAAAGUGUGUGUGUGUGUGUAUGUGUGUGCAUGUGUACAUAUGAGAGGAAGUCUGUGUGCUGUGCUACGAAUUGUCUUGGCUUAGGAGCCAGGCGAUGGGAUUCCUAGCCCAUAGAUGUAGCCACUACUGGCUUGCUGAAAUUGAGCCUGUCAGCCUCUCAAAUAUAUGGAGAUGGACUGGAGAUUAGAUAUGAAGUUCUUCCCAGUUGACAACAUGUCUGUGCAUGUAGUCGUAUUGGAGGUUUUUGUAUUUAUCUCGUAUUUUUAAUGAUUGGUUUUACUUGUAGAGUUUUUGUAAUAUUAACUCUGUAAACUCAUUUAGUUACAAAAAAAGACAUUGAACCAUAGUAAAUAAUUUGAUAAUUAGCCAUAAAAAGUAAUGUCUCAGUUAAUGUCUUACAACUAGAAUUUGUCAAAGAUGCAACUGAUAAUAAAGUUUAUAUCUGAUGAAAUCUCUCAAAAAUUGAGUAAAAUAUUGGGAAAUAUAUCCAUGUAUUUCAUUCUGACUUUACAGUUCUAGCAAGUGUCUCAAAGGCAUAUAUAAAGACAGAUAGAAAUUGUUACAAGACAGUUUUAAUGAUUAAGGCCCUUUGUACACUGCAGAAAGGUAAACUAUUAGAGUCCACUUUCCUUAGUCAAAAUUGGGAAAAAAUCUUAACUGACAAUAACUGCUUAUGUUUCCCAUAACAAGUAAUCAAUGGAAAGCAUUUUAUUAAGUAAUUUGAAUUCAGUUUAGGAUAUAUAGUAUGUUAGGAUCACUAACCUCUCACAAAUUCACCACAGUCUUAUUGUAGAAGAAAACUAUGAACGUAAGAAAUUUAAAAAAAAAUGGACCCUUAAUAUUGUCUCCUAACUACUGUAAAGUUGUUUAUAUCUUAGGUGAACUAUAUUUGCAAGAUUGUGCAUGUCAAUAGAUAAUCCAAAAUAAAUUGUUAAAUAUACAUUUAUAUAGAUUUUAAUUUUAUUAGAAACAUCAAGAGUUAAUCUUCUAGAAUGUAGACUACCAAAAAGUUAUGCCAAGUCUUUAUACACUAAAAGGCAAGGUGAUUUUAAGCAAUUUAGAUACAAAACAAAAGAACUGAGAGCUUCCAAAGUUGUAGAUGAUAGAAAAAGGAAGUUGUUACAUCACAUGCUAAAUUAGAAGCAAAUCUAAACCUCUCGCCAUGCUGUUGUACUCCACCAUCUGAUUCGUAUAUGUAAUUGGGGAAAGAAAAACUCACAAUGUAAAAUAAGAUUGACUAGUUGUAGCAGAUGACACCUGUAAAUAGAAUUUUUACCAGUUGAAAUUCUGAUGUGAAAUGAGAUGAUUAUCAUUAACACACUAAAGUUUUCUUCUGAGUUCUUUUUUUAAACAUCCUCUAAUUCUAAAAGUCUCUGUUAAUUACACAGAGCAAUGACAGACCUUCAUCUUCUUUAAAUACUUUGUUUGUGUGAGGCUGUCACAUGGGAAGAAAGAUUAUAUUUUAAACAAUAUGUUCAAGUGUAAAAAAUCUUCAACAAAUUCUUAACGUUUAAAAAAAAAUGAGAGAAAUUUCCAAGACAUCUUGGGAUUCUUCCUAGGGGAGAAGGAUAUCUCAAAAAGCUUGAAAGGAUUUUAAAUAAUUUUUAAAAAAUGUCAAAGACUAAAUUAUGCCCUGUAAUAUUUAGUGUACUUUUUUCAUUUUAAGGAAAUAUUGAUAUGAUUAGAAUAAGAUGACACAACACUGAAAAGACAAUUGCGAUGACACUAUGGUUGUUCAGCAUCUCUGUAUUCCUGCCACCACCCAGAAAGCAUUGAAAUGAUAUAUUAAAAAAUUCUAAUUAAAAAUAAUAUAGGACAGUGACUAUGAAGGGGUAUGUGGGGAAGACUUGGUGAAGGGGGGAACCUAGUAAACAUAAUGUUCUUCAUGUAAUUAUAGAUUAAUGAUAUCAAAAUAAUAAUAAUAAUAUAGGUCUAUUCACAAGUGAUUUCAAAAUUAUUAGGUCUACUGUGCUAACAGAGUAAAAAUAGUAUACUCAUCAAAUUACUCCUUUGAAAUCAUGGAUAAAGUGGAAGCAAUCACUUUGCUUUAAAAAAACAGUUCCCUAGUUGUUUCAGAAACCAGUCCAAUAAA